AUGAUAUACGAAAAGCUUUACUCUUAUCAACGUGAGGGCGUCGUGUGGCUCUGGAAUUUGCACAAAAACACUUGCGGCGGCAUCUUGGCCGAUGAUAUGGGUCUUGGAAAAACCUUCCAGGUGAGCGCGUUUUAAAGCCUUUUUAGCUUGCAAUUCUCCCUCUCCUCUAUCGACUCUGCAUUCUUACGUAGUUCUUUUCUGGCUUCAGAGCAUUGCAUUUCUGGCUGGCUACCUUAAUUCGGAAGAUUCUCUUCGCAAACGCAGAACUGCAAUGGUACUCGCACCUGUUAGCGUAAUAAACACCUGGCAGGCCGAGUUCUCCAAGUGGGCACCCAGUCUCAGGGUAUUUACUUACUACGAGGCCAGCAAAAGUGCGCGAUUGCGAGGUCUUGCUGGCGUACAGCGUUGCGGAGGUAUCCUGUUAACCACCUACUCCACGCUGGCUGCCGGCGUGCGGGAUCUGGCCGUUAACCAGAACGCGGCCACAGGGACUUGGAGGAGCAAGUUGACGGACGACAACCUAUCAACAGAUCUGCACUUCCAUGGUGAAACGUUCACCUGGGAUUACCUAGUCCUUGAUGAGGCGCACAAGAUAAAGAACCCGUCAACUAAAGCUGCUAAGGCGGUUCGAGCACUGAGCUCAAAGCAUCGCAUCCUCCUCACUGGCACUGCUGUCCAAAACAAUUUGCGCGAGCUCUGGAGCCUGUAUGACUUCACCCAUCGGGGCCAGCUGCUUGGUUCUCAGAAGACUUUCCUCCUGCAAUACGAGAAACCGAUCACACGAUCGCGAGAGAGGGAUGCCACCGCAGCAGAACGAUUGCAUGGCAAACUUAUGGCGGACAGUUUGUACAAAAUGAUUGAACCGUACUUUCUUCGACGGACAAAAUCAGAUGUUCUCACUGGCACUCCGACAGAAACGGUAGCAUCAUCGACUAAGGAGCCGUUGGAGCAGAAUCAAAAGGGAAAGUUGCCGCGAAAGAAUGAGAUUGUCGUGUGGCUUUACCUGAGUCCUCUACAGGAGUCGAUUUAUCGAGACUUCUUGAAGUUGGACCACGUGAAAGAACUGCUGUUUGGCACGACGAAGCGCUCGCCUCUAGUCGAGUUGACGAUCUUGAAAAAACUCUGCGAUCACCCCAGGCUGCUUUCAACCGACCAAUGUGCCAAUUUGGGCCUUGAUGUGUCUCGCGCCCUUCCAGCACGUAAUGGUACAACCGAGAUCCGAGUCCCCUCGAGUGAGCGGCUGCUCCAGGAGUCGGGAAAACUGAGCUUUUUGGUCCGUCUUCUUGAGCGGUUUCAGGUGGAGGCCGUAGAGAAAGGUCGACCAGCGCAUCGAACCUUAGUCUUUUCGCAGAGCCUACGCCUCCUAGACAUGGCCGAACUUGUAAUUCUGGACAUGAACAAGAGGGACGUACGUCAAGAACUGCCCAAGCACCGUGUCCUUCGGCUUGACGGCCGACUGAAGAAACUGUCGGAGCGCGUUGACGUACUAGAACAGUUUGAACGGGAUCCAUCCUACACCGUUAUGCUUCUCACAACUCAGGUGUGUUCCGUCUUAGUAACCUCUGAAUUAGAACACUAUUUAACUCCAGCAGCUUUUCGUUUUCUCGCCUGUAACUUUAUCAUCUUAUCAUCUCGCCCUCACUGUUUCGGCUGCGAACUUAGCACUAACCACUAACUCAGUCUUCAACUCAGCCAAAAGUUUAUGGCAGAGGAAACGAGCUAGGUAGGCGUUCAAGAGGGAUUCGAAGGUGGUGACUGUUGUUAGCCACCAUGGCAUUUAAUUACCAGGAGGUAGGCAGUUAAAUCUCCUGUCUAAUGUUUGCUCGGACACCAAUUUGCAAGGGAGGCCUUCGUCAGUUCGUUUGGUGUAAGUCGAUAAUUGACAAGGGACCUGCGUAAAGGGUAAUGUAAAGGUUAUAUUCAUGCCAAAUUACGCGUAAUCUUCAUACGUCUGAUUUAACGAUUUGUUAUUUUGGAUUAGGGUAGAGACUAGCUAGAUCUUGUGGUAUAUUCAGGCAGGUUCGUUUUUCCAAGCACAUCCUGACUUGCUCAGCACUUAUUCUGUCCUUGGCAUUCCGCUCGAGGAGUGACUGCCCCUAAAUUGACGGUCAAAGGGCUCUCGCUGAUCAGUGAAUUCAAUUUCACAACCAACUUUAACGGAAGUCAUUCAGUGCUGCCAACCGAAUCGACGUUUGUCCUGUGGUUUGGAUUUGCAUUUAUUCGGACUUCGGUAAACUACUCCAGCUUUUUCCGGUCACUUUCUUUUUCAGACCAUGUAGCAGCUCAAUUUGAAGGCUCCUUUUUUACAUCCCACGAAUCACACUUGCUUCCUAGUCGCGCCCAUCCCAAGUCAUGUUGAUCGAAUAACCGUGCAGAGGUCCAUUUGACUUGAAAUUUAUUUUCGGUGCUCGCACGGACUGCCAGAAAGUGAUGUAAGGUAACUGUGGCUUUGAUGGUUAGUUUGAAAGACUCCGCGUAGCUUUUGUGCACUCAUAUCACUUAUGUUCACUAACCGUGACGGCAUAAUAAACACAAUGUGACCGAGGGUCUGUGCUGGAUAAACCGGCUCAAAAUAAAAAGAUAUCACUGUGUGUUUGCGGCUAAUUUCCUGAUGUUCUUUACCAAGUCAUGUUUCUGAGAAUUCUGGUUUCCUCCCCCUCGUUUUGUUGCUAGCACUUAUUGUUCAUCCAUUUUUUUAUUGAUUGAGUUACCGACUUAUCAAGCAGCCCUUAAGUAGUGUGUCUCUUUACCAGUCUCCGGCCCGAGGCCUCCUGUUUGGGAUAGCAUGCCCUUCAAGUUAUCGCUAGAUCGACUUUCUCUAAAGUCGCUGCGUCAGAAACACAAUGCAAACACUGUCUUCUGCAAUUCCAUAAGGCUGUCAUGCACGAAUUUAUUCGUAGCAUCCUUUGUAAACACUUGUGCCCAACACCAGGGGACGCACUGCGACCGUUUUUCUUUCUAAACCUGAAAAGUAGUAACUGUUGGACAGGUCCUAAUGUCCCUGGACUAAGUAGAAUAUUGCGCCCAGGCCGGUGUCCCCCAGCCCACCGCAUUUCAAAUGCUCUCAUUUGAUCGAACCUCUAAAAUGGUUGCCAAGUAACUUAGCCAGCUACAAUAUGCUUUAAAAAAUAAGUAUAGCAUACGUAUUCAGUGUCCUUUCUUCACCUCGACUAAAAAUGAUAGGGUGAACCUAGUGUAACUGAAUUAUGUAGGCUAGGUUACAGUCUGAGACCCGUCGAUGGCUAAUAAGAUCCGGGUCGCCCCUCCCCAGUACGGCCAUCAUGUCACAGAACCUCGGGGAAUUAAAGUACUCGGGAGGUGCCUGACGUAGUGUAGAGAGCAGGAGCACAGUUUUGCCACCGUCUUCGACAGGCCACUAUGCACCACGGUGUUUGUAAUCAGUUGCGGCGACUUUCAGUCAUUCCAGUCAGAAGAACCGUUGCAAUCAGCCUCCUGACGGGCAAAGGGAAUAAAGUCUUUGAUUUACAACGUCUAGGUAGUCGCCUGACCAUUUGAAAGUGUCCAAAGUACACCUGCGCGUUGUAAGCUGCCUUUGUUCAGGCGGAGGAUAUUUUCAGCUGGAAAAGUGCUUUUACCAUACUCCCUAAACCAUAGUUUAGAGGGCAUAUUAUUGACUCGCAUGUGAAUUCGUUCGUAGUGAAGCAUACUCGCACUGCAUCUGCCGAACUACCUCCUCCAUCAUCCACCAUCUCCCGAUAGCAAAACCAGGUCAAGGCGACCAGAGUGGACGCGGAUGCAGUAAGUGGUUCGAUUCCUCCGUGGCAAAACACGCCUGGGCUUUAGGUUGCCAUUAGCAUUUGGAGCACAGUCAAGCCGUUUUUGCGUGUUAACCACAUCACUUAGUACUGGUUUAUAGGUGUGGAGAUUGCGCGGUUAUUCGACUGAAGAUGUUGAACUCAAACAUAUAUAUAUAUAUAUAGAUGCAGAAUGGUAUUACCGACAAAGACAAGGGAGACUGGAAUGGCCAUUUCUGGCUUAUUAGCCGUCGUCAGCCAGCCAUACCCAAGCCCGAAGUGUGCAACACCCGAGCCUCGAACUCGCGACCUGUUGGUUUAGAAGUUCUCGCCUCUACCCACCGGGCCACGAGCCCGUUGCCCUGUCGGUUGCGCCCCCUACCAUCCCAUAUAUAUAUAUAUAUAUAAAAUUUAAAGUCAAGACCUUAUCUUAAAAGUCCCGUCUCGGCUGUUUACUCCAUAUUCUUUCACCAUUUUUUAAUGUUGCUUUGGUUCAUUGAAAAUUUCCAGGUUUUACCUGAUGUGCUUUCUUCCGAUAGAUAAGACUGUGCACUGUACUUCUAGGUGGGCGGUGUUGGUCUAACCAUCCUCUCGGCGGAUCGGGUUGUGAUUCUAGAUCCUAGCUGGAAUCCUGCAGUUGACGCGCAGGCCGUGGACCGUGUUUACAGAAUUGGUCAGAAGUCCAAUGUUGUCGUCUACCGUCUUAUCACCUGCGCAACUGUGGAGGAAAAAAUUUACCGACGUCAAGUCUUUAAGGAUUCUGUCAUUCGGCAAACCACUGGCGCCCAGUCCGACGAGGCGGAACUCUACCGCUACUUCACGCGACAGGAGCUGCGUGCCCUCUUUACCCUCAGCGAGGACAUCCGGUUUUCUGCCACACAGCACCAAUUGGCCAAACUACAUGGUGGUCAUAAACGAAACUCAGACACCGACCUAGACGAACAUCUGGCUUUUAUCACGGGUCCAACCAUGGAGGAUUUGGUCUUUCAAAUUUCCGAUCACGAUGCCCUCUUUAGUUGUCCAGACCUGGAAGGGCCGCCCAGCGACUCGCCUAACUCUGUCAUGGCACGUAAGUUUGCUGAGCGUCAACUUUAUCUGGGCGAGGCGGCACUACGAGGCGAGCGGAUAAAUUCCCUGUCAGGCACAGGUGGUUUUGUUACCGCUUCCUCUCUCAUGGAAUCUGUUGUGCCGCAGCAUCCGCGACCGCCGCCACCACCACCGGAUUUGUUCAUCCCUUCUAAAGCCGACACGAAACGACCCAUGUUCAAUGUACCUGCCUGCAAUUACUACAGCCAACCUCGCCUGUUGGACAUGACUCGUGGGCUGCUCUCAGAACGUCAGAGUGACCCGCUGCCUGCUGUUGGCACCGCAUUCGCCCCACAUAAUCGCCGCUCUGAGGAUGCUCACCGGAUAGCCCCUGCACCAGCCCCACUAUCCCGUAAUAUUCCGAACUCAACUGAACCUGUUGUCGUCCUCUCCAAAGAGCAGACUAUUCAACUGGAUAGUUCGGAAUCGCCUUCGGAGCCUGGGCCGGCAUCGCAAUAUUCUCCCGCUGUUGAUGACUUGAAGGCAGCCUCGUCGCGCGUCUCCGGCAACGCACUGCCAAAGACCGAAGAGGGAUCAAUGCCGCAGAGUGGUACUCCCGGUCCCAGGAAAAAGCCAACUGCCCCCAGUUCAGCAGACGAUCUUGUCGCCUCCUUUACUGAAAUGAGCAUCGUCGAAUCGGAAACGCCUGCUAAGUCAGGCAUCCCACCGAUUGCAGGCUUGAACAUGUCGACGACACCAAGUACCCCUGCCAGACUUUUGGCGGAGUCUGCUGAGCCUGGCCGCUUUGCCGUCCCGACUACACCGCUUUCCAGUGUUAAACCGACCAACAGGGCGACAAGCACCCCCUUUGCUAUACGACCCAAUACACAGUGUUCGGAUGCUGAGAUCAUUGAUUUGGACAUUUCUCAGACUGUUGAUGACGAGCAGCUUCAGAACUCUGUCCAAAUGAAGUCACUUCGCAAGGUUAGCUAGUAUUGUCCUUUUAUUGUGUUAUAUUUCACUUGUCUGUUGAUUUAUUGCGGAUAUUUACCUGCCUUGGUUUAUUCCGCCAUGCCGAUUCUGCAACCGGGCAGGUAUCUGAAUGAAGUCGGGUUCGUGUUGCUUGAGAGACUAGCACGUGUGUUGCGUGCGAGAGAGGUUGGCGGCUACCUCGUCAUUUGGAUCUAGGCCUGACUCUGGAGCACGGUGAAUUUGGGAAUCGGCAGCGAGGUCUUCGCCAUAAUACAAGCUAAGUGGGAACUACUUCUACUAACUAACUACUACUACCACUACUACUACUACUACUACUACUACUACUACUACUACCACAACGAUUCUCGUCGAGCACGGCGAGCGAACUUUCCCUCGGCUGUUGAUGUGUGCAUCACUAGCAUGCUUCUGCGAUCCUCCCCCACUACUCAUCAAUUGACUGAGGUUUGCGGGUCAGUGCCACAAUGGAUACGCCGCCAGCUUUCUCACCGGAGCGUCCAAGUUCGAGCAGUCCCUUGCUGGUUUCUCCCUAAUUUCGCCUAUCAGGUGGUGUCAAAAUGAGUGUAUUUCUUUAGGACAAAUGAAUAGAAUCACAUUCGAGUGGUGGUUUGAACACAUGUAGGUGACUCCAACUGUUGACUUCACGCUUGUGACCUCCGACCGCUUGGUUCUCCAUGUUGCGUACUCAAUGUCUCAAGGGGUGACAUGGUUACAAAUCUCAACUUCACCCAUGUUAAGGUUAAAGUUUUAUCGUGUGCAACAAUUUCUAGAAGUGAGAAGACCGGAUCGCCGAAACAAGGGUUUUAUUUCUCUACAAGCAUGCAAACAGACCUCUGCCAAAUGAAGGUGUUAAUUGCCUGUGCCUAGAUAUAUCGAGCGUUGCCGUGCAAUACCGGGUCAAUUUUCCGAACUUCGUGCUUUUAUAUUAAUCUUCGCUCAUCCUGUCAUAUUAUCUCCUGUUUACUCUUAUUCUUUUCAUUUUUUUAUAGAGUCUGGCAAAGUCAGGUCUCUUGAUCUUGGAGGAACCGCCCGAAAGCACAUCUAAGUCCCCCGUUUACCCCUCUACGUCCCUUGGCAUGAAAGUUGAGUUGGAAAGCGAGAUGUCCGUCGAUACCUCACAUAAAGCGCCUCCAAGCGUUGACGGGGAGGUGCACCUGGUCGAAGAUUCCUGUGAAGUGGACACAAACGGCUCAACGUCAUCUCAAGUCUCCGCUCCAUCCUAUAUCCGCCUCUCAGAAUCCGUUGACAUGAUUGAGCCCAGCAUUUCUGAGUGA